AGCCGAGUCAAACAUGGGUAGCGAGGAGACUAGCUCUUGCCUCUUGCCUGCAGUCGAUCAUCCAGCCUCAAAGGCACAUAAAUAUGGCAGGGGCCCUACCACCCUAUCUUGCCCUUCUUCUUUAACCUCCUACGCGGUCUAAUUCUUCUCCUUUAGAACCAAGAAAGGUCGUUCGGUGUGUAGUCAACACUGCCACCAGUCACUCGCUUCACCUUUCUUUCUCUUCGCACUCAGGGGAUUCUCUUCCGUAAUAUUAAUAUCGAAAUCAAAUUCAAAUCAACCUUCCAACAUGCGUUUCCCCACCGCUAUUGCUGCCGUUGCAGCAGUCGUUCCCGCUAUUAGCGCCCACGGCGGACCAGGGAUUCCGAAGAUCGCUGGAUUGAACAUGAGGGACUUGAAGGCCCGGAACCUGAUGGACACCAUCAGGGCUCGUGCUGUGGAGCUCACCCAAAAUGCUCACGAGGAACACGCAAGCCUGAAGCCUCGCCAAGGUGGCACAAAUGGACAGUGCGGUGCGGGUUUCGGAUCUUGCGAUGCUGGCUACUGCUGCAGUGGUGCAGGAUGGUGUGGUAACACGGGCGACUACUGCUACUCGCCCGGCUGCAAUUACCAAUACGGCCCUGGAUGCCCGGAGAACACAACCCCAGCAGGGGCCGACACAUCUUCCGUCUCCCGAACGAAGUCUGGAUCUGUGGAGUAUGGGGGUAAUGGUGUUUAUCAGUGCACAGUUCCGGGUACUGUGGCGUUGACCUACGACGACGGGCCAUUCGACAACUACACCGACCACGUGCUGGAUCUUUUCAAACAAUACAAUGCCAAAGGCACGUUCUUCAUCACGGGCAACAACAUCAACAAGGGCGCGAUUGAUACUACCGCCAGCCACUCUGCCACAAUCAAGCGCAUGGCCAGCGAGGGCCACCAGAUCGCGUCCCACACCUGGACGCAUCUGGAUCUGAGCGCCAUCUCCGAGACUGACCGCAAGGCGCAGAUGGUCAAGAAUGAAAUGGCUCUGCGCAACAUUCUUGGUUACUUUCCAACAUACAUGCGCCCGCCUUACAGCAGCUGCACUGCAGAGUCUGGUUGCGAAAAGACCAUGUCUGAUCUCGGCUACCACAUUAUCUACUUCGACGUUGACACGGAUGACUACAACCAGCUCCAAGCUACCCAGAUCCAGAAGUCCAAAGACUGGUUCAGGGGCAACAUCACUGCUGGUGGCGCGACCCCUGCGAACAAUGAGUGGCUGUCCAUCGCUCACGACAUUCACCCUCAGACUGCGUACAACUUGACUGAGUACAUGCUGUCCACUCUAACAACUCUUGGCUACAAGGCCGUUACUGUUGGCGAGUGCCUUGGUGACGAUGCCGCCAACUGGUAUCGGGCCAACCCAGGUUCCACCAACCCGACGUCCUCCGCUGCCAUUCCUUCCGCCUCAUCCACCAAAAAGGUCUCGACUGAUGGAACUUGCGCCGGCACCUCUGGCUUCACGUGCCAGGGCUCGACAUUCGGAAACUGCUGCUCCCAGUACGGAUGGUGUGGAUCUACCACGGAUCACUGCUCUACCGGUUGUCAAUCUGCUUUCGGCACCUGCGGAUCCUCCGCCUCUGCGACCAAGGCUGCUACCUCGACUAAGGCUGCUACUUCUACGAAGGCCGCCACCAGCACCAAGGCUACGACGAGUACGAAGGCCGCGUCCUCAAGCACGAAGGCCGCCACUCCCUCAGCCACCGCUAAGGUCUCAACGGACGGAUCAUGCGGUGGUACUGUUGGCUUUACAUGCAAGGGUUCGUCGUUCGGAAACUGCUGCUCUCAGUAUGGAUGGUGCGGCUCCACGAGCGGCUACUGCGGAACUGGAUGCAACAAGGCGUUCGGUACCUGCACGUAAAAUGAUCCUGGUGGAAGGGUAGUGUAUAGACGGCACGCGGGACGAGUCCCGACUGUAUAAUUUGCGGAUGAUUGUGUAUAGCGAAGGCGGGGGCGGCGGGCGGUUAUCGACGCAUUGUAUGAGUUCUCAGCACUGCAUUCAUAAUGAUUAUCAAAC